UUAUUUCAUACCUACGUGACCUUACCGAAAGAACCAAAGAUUAUGGUUUAUCCUCAUUACCUUCAAACUACAUUUGGUCCAUGGCAACUGGUGUUUAAUAUAUCAAAGGAUUGUGUACUGUUUAUCUGUUUGUGAGUAAAUUCUUCCAUCUUUCAUGUAUAUAAAGGAAUGCUUAAUUUGCCAUGGUUAAAAUUGUAAUUGGUACCUUGAAUACGUUUUCUUGAAGACCAUGAAGCAGGAUUGCUUCUGCCAUCAUGUUAUGCCAUCAUGAAUUGAGGGUGUGCAUAUGUUUUAGUUACAUCUUUUUAUUUGUUUUAAGCACUAAUCAUCGUUUAACGUGUUUGCACUAAAUUCUGGCAUGGGUUUCAUGUAAAUACUGUUUUGCUCUCUUUAGUUUGCACCGUUCCACCUUGCAAUGUCCUUAACUGCCACCACUGCUGUUGGAAAAGAACUGCCUAGCUCAAUGGGCCUUGCCAUCCGAAAUAUAGUCUGUCUCUUGUCUGUCUCUUUAUUUAUGUAUGUUGAAUUUCUUUCACAACUUAUGUAGCCAACUGUGAUAAUCUCAGACAUAGAUGGUUGGCCUUUAUUUCUCAUCUCGCUGCAUCGGUCCCUUUUGCCGCCUGCUUUCUGCCGUUGCAACUGCAUCUCUCACUCACAUUGUCUUAGGCCUCUGUAUUUCUUGCCUCCACUCAUCUCACUGCAUCUUUCACUCUCGUAAUGCAUCUCUCACUCUCCCAACAGAUCUCACUCUCCUAACACCUCUCUUCCUGCUUUUACUUUGUCCUUUACUUUUCAGUUUCCAAUUCAGAUAGUCAGAUAACUCAUUAUUUGUUUGGCAUUCAGAGGGAUAGAAAAAAAAGUACUUGCUAUUUGGAGCACCCUGAGAAUGCUUCCUAUAUAGGCUUGCCAGUAUGUAGUGGUUAGACCCCUUUCGCUUGUGAUAUGUGUGGCAUGCACCGUUUUAUUUCUUGUCAUUUAUGCAGGAUAUAUUCUAAACCUUCAGGCUAAUAUAAAUCAAACAUACAACCCUUUAACAUUCCCACAUAUAAGUUAUUGUAUGCUGUCUCCUUAAUUCCCAAAUCCCAAAUUUUCUCUGAACCGGUAUUGGAAUUGACAUUAAAUAUGAAACUGAGAAGACCUAUGUGCAUUAGCUAAAGAUGCUAGAUGUGCGCAUGGCUCCUCAUGUGGAAAUGCGACAGAGAUAUUUGUCAAGAGGGAAAAUAUAAAACAAUUACAAUAGCACCAACUGAGUCGUAUUUUGCUUUUGGAGUCGCUACAAUAGCAAGGGACAUGACAAAUAGAAGCCACGCUUGUUGUUGAUGAAUUGUCAAAUGAACGACUCGACUGGAACCUAAAGAACACGAACAGGGAGGGUCUGGAAUGAAACUCAAUGCGGAAAUGUUUUAUCGCUUCCUCAGUACGUCGCUAAGUAUUGUUUUGUGCUCGCAUUUUUUACUUAAUGGUGCUAAUUAAUAUUUGUAUUCAUUUUAGCCACGAUGAUGACUUUGUCACAAUGCACGGGGCGUGCGCUCAUGCCUUGCGCGGGGCAGCCAAAUGCUUUGUUAACAAAACGCAGCAAGCGUGGGCCGUGCCAGCAGCGCUCGCCCUAAGCCUCUCCUCCUUCCGUCGCUCAGGCCUUGCGGUCUCGCAAGCCUCGUCACGAUCGCCUAUUCCCAGCCAGCGGUUGUGGCGCAUGCUAAAAAACGCAGUGUGCAAGCACGUUCCUGCAGUGGAGCAGCGUGGGGUCUGAUCUGUAUCCACCCGGAAGGAAUGUCGUGUUGAAACUGCUGCAGGCAAGACUUGGUACAGUGCAAAAAGGAUGCCUGCUGCUGCUCUACCAGUCGUAUUGUGCAUAGGUUUUCAACUGAAAUUAAGCCGUGUUUUUUUUUAUUUACAGAUAUCCUUAUACAAAGGCAGUGUUGCAGUAUGUUUUUUUUCUUCAAUUACAGCCUUAAAUUUUCUCCCAGGUUAAGUUUUGGAACAGGUUAAACCUCAUUUAACAGGAUUUGAGCACGGCUGGAUUACACUGUUAAUGUUCAGCUCCCACAUCCACGUUGCAUAUUUUGCAGCAUGUUUAGUAGAGAAUUGACUAAAGCAUUGCAAUGAAUAGAUGAUAAAGAUCCAGUGACAAUUUUCACGACAGUGGGCAUUAGGAGUUAAUGUCAUAUCCUAAAUUCGAUUUUUUUUUCCUGCCAAUAUGUCAGGAAAUAGGUUUUCACCCUAUUAAACAAAUCCGUUGAAUAUAUUUCUGGCAUCACUGUAAUGCUGCAUUCCCAAAUACAUAUAAAAGCCCGUGCAGAACAUAUUUUUUUCUGUAUAUGAACAUAUAAGCACAUUACCAAUAUUAAACCUCAUUUAACAGGAUUUGAGCACGGCUGGAUUACACGGUUAAUGUUCAGCUCCCACAUCCAUGAAUUUGAAAGCUAGAUUUCAUGACCAUCAGUACCAGGCUUGCUUUUACAUUACGCUCAAGGCAUGUGCCUCAACAUUAUUCUGUGAGCAAAAGCAGUGUGUUCUAUGUAUUUUGAAGAGUUUGAUAUAAUAUACUUUAUUAAUAGAGUGAUUGCAUUGCUGGUAUUCAAGCGCAUUGCAGAGCUUUUUCCAUUGCCAAACCCCUUGUGACGUUGGGACCACUUGUGAGAGAGGCUUAGCUUAUCCAAUGGACUGUGGCAUCUUGAGAUGUGCACAUGGUUGAGUAGUUCUCAGCCUAUCUGCUCAAUUAGCCUUCAGAGCUAGGCUUGAAUGAAGUAACUGUUACAUGUGUGUUUUAUAUUCAUUAAUGAUGAUGCUGAGACAAACGCAAUUCCCGUGAAAGAGCCCCUCUGUAGUCUUUCGUGAAUGCCCACUAUUUGAAUCAAGGAUGUCAAGAAUGCCGGCUUAAUACCCUAUCACGACCAUAGACGUUGACCCUACAAGCCACUGUUUCUCAAACUCCAGUUGUCAUAAGCCCCGUGGUGCGGCGAUCUGUGGUUAGUAACCAUAAGAUAAGUGAAGCUUGUAGUGGCUUAACUUGCCUAUGCAUAGCAAAGGUCAGUAAACAUACAGUGGUUUGAGAAAGACCACUUUAAUCACCCACCUCUGCCUAUAGAGGCAUGGGUUCAACAUUCUAACCCAAUAUACACAAGGGCUCAAUAUCUUUAUCCGAUAGAGGCACGGGCUCAACAUCUGCUAUUUGCAGACAAAAAAUUGAACUUCUGUAUUGGUAACCAACAUGCCAUAUUGCAUUAGAAAAUGUUAAACAUGUUUGGCAGACUCACAGAUCUGGAUCAGAAUAUCUAAUUUUAUUUCUCCAAUUAGGUGCAUUGUAUUGCAAAGUUAUAAUUGUCAGUAGGAAUCCCACCUACACAGCUCAUGUGUAAUGUUUGUGGCAUAUAGCUGUACCUUUGACAAGUGUGCUUGUCUGGUGAUUGAGCUAAUUUUAUUUUCCUCCCGUAAUGCGCUUAAAGAAGAUAUUUAAAAAUAUGGGUUUUCUAGUUUGUGUUCUUCUGAAAAUAUACGUGCCUAUUGACACCAUGUCAUUAUGGAAAUGCAGAUCUUAAUGAAGGAGAUGCUGAAUUUCGCCAGCUGUCUCACGGAUAAACUAAGAGUUUGGCUUGAGGUUAAUGUUUGUGCAACAUUAACUGGGUGUGAAUGCAAGUGAGUGCUCGGGGCCUAGAGCCAAACAAGACAUGGCAUAUAAGUAGUGGUGGUGGUGCUUUUUGUGCCGUGUCUUGAGUGGCUCUGUACGUUUGCAUUGGCAUUAAGUGAGGAUGACAUUUUUUUCACCCGACUGAUAAAGUGGGGAGGAGCGAUGGCACAGCUAUUACGCACUUGUAGUCUGAACCAGGAUACCAGAGUUCGAUUUCCGGCCACGGCUAUCAUGAGUGGCGAGCGAUUACUGAAUCAUUCCCGGGUUCCCCACUUUUACCAAUCAUCCACUGACUUGCGUGGCGAAGUGCGGCCAACAUCCUCCACCACCGGCACUACCCUGGAAGACCUUCGUCUAGCAAGUGCCUUAACCAAGGACCGUGCGCUAUCAUUGUUAUGUAUACAACGGCACAGUAGCAAUAGUGAAAGUCGAUGGGGCCGAGUCUGGGCUGCAUGCUGGAUGGUUCAGUUCCUCUAAAGGCAUACUUUUGUGAUAGCAGCCUGGACAAAUUGUGGCUUGUGAACUGGAGCGUUGUUGUGAAGGAGGAACUCCACACUCGUAAAAAACAAAUGGCAGCCGAGCUGGUAGCUGGAGCCAGGAUGGACUGAAACUUUGUAGACAUUAAGAGCAGAUGUGUUGGAACCUGCUUAUCUAGCUAGCUUCCCCACUGCUCCUUGCUUGGGUAGAUGAUGGCUUUCAUGUAAUUCCCACAUGAUCUAAAAUUCUAAGCUGUGAAUUUUUUGUCCAACUGCAAUAACUUUGGAUUUUACCUUUGAUCCCUGGAUGAUGUUUUAACUUUUUUGUUUUUAAUGUUUAUGGUGAUUUAUGUAGAUACCAAAACCUUUGUACAUUCGUUUCCCCCAACACCAUUUAUAAAAUAAUAAUGUUGUAAAGUCAUACUUAGCUGUUAUCAUUCGUGGAACACCUGACUUGGACCAAAAUAUGAGAACUCUUGUAAGGCAUUGCUUUAUUGAUGCUGUACUGGCAUCAUCUCAGACACAUGUAUAUUCUACCUGCUAGAUGCCUGGCAUUGUACUUUCUACCCAAGGUAAUCUCUUCAAUCCCGUUACGUGAAGUAGGGCUCUGCUUUGAGUCAUGACUCAUCCGGCCUGUGAUGUGAAUCAUUUCAGUUUUCACCCUUUCUCAUUGUGAGACGUUUAUAUUGUUGCAGGGUGGGCCCCGUUCACCGCUGAAUCCCAGAACGUGCAAGCGGUUGGCGUUAUUCGAGAGAGGCUCCCCAUUGACUGCAAGCCGCUAGGUUCUCAUGGCCACGGAGGUCGGAGCAGACGCAGCACCCGGGGGCGGCCCACCGGCCCUCGCCAGCCCCCUGCAGCUCCAGCACCUGGAGCGCUGCCUGCGCCUGGAGCCCUUCCUGCACCAGGUGUCGGCUGUGCUCAACCGCACUUUCCCCGUCAGUGAUGAUGACAGUAAUGAGAGUGGUGAAGACUCAAAGGCGGAGCUUGCGGAGCACCUGCUGCACAUCAAACGGGAGACAAGCCCCGAGGCCGAGGAUGCACGACCGUCCGUCAGGAUCACAGGGAGCAUGGCUCGCCGAGCAGCCGCCAUGAAAGUGGAGGAGGCCGGGGCCUUGACGCGGCUCGGCUGCAUCAAGCAGGAGGAGGGCGGCGACCGCCACGGCAAGAGGGUUGCGCACAAGUUCCACUACGCACAGCCGGCCAAUGGCUUCCUGUCAGCAGAACUGAAGGCUGAGAAGGCGCAAUUGUACAACUUCAGUAAGCUGAAGAAAAGUCGGAAAUGGAUGAAGAGUAUCCUCCUGAGCGACUCCUCCGAGUCGGAGAGCGACGGGGAGGAGGCCGCCUUCUCCCUCACGCAGGAGGAGCUGCACGACAUGCUGCGCCUCCACAAGUUCAGGAAGCUCCACCAGAGCCGCUUCCGCUCGCACAAGGAGCUGCAACAGUACCAGUUCUACAGCGCGGGGCUGCUGUCUUCGCUGGACCGCUACCACGAGGCACACCGCCACUCCUCGGGGCCCAAGCGAAAGCGCCCUAAGGAGGAGCGCAAGCUCAAAGCCAUGAAGAAGAAAAUGAGGAAGCGGCGCCGCGAGGAGCAGCAGCAGCGCGGCUCCCCGGCGCCGUGGGACGGGCGGCCGGUGGCGCGCUUCUCCCAGGAGGGCACAGCGACGACAUCGUCGCGCCGCAAGCACCUCACCCUGGAGCAGCUGGGCCAGCGGCGGCGCCGCGCGUGGCUCACCGUUGCCAAGAAAGAUAUUCCCAAAGCCGCAAAACAAAAGUCGUCGGCCCAUAACAACAUUCUCACAAAUGCCAAAAAGUUGGCGCACCAGUGCAUGCGUGAGGUGCGGCGAGCUUCCAUCCAGACACAGAAGAACUGCAAGGAGACACUGCCGCGAGCGCGCCGCCUCACGAAGGAGAUGCUGCUCUACUGGAAACGCUACGAGAAGGUGGAGAAGGAGCACCGACGGCGCGCCCACAAGGAGGCGCUGGAGCAGCGCAAGUUGGACGAGGAGAUGAGAGAGGCCAAGCGCCAGCAGCGGAAGCUAAACUUCCUGAUAACGCAGACGGAGCUGUACGCACACUUCGUUGGCGGGAAGACGACGAUGGACAUGGAGCAGGACGAGAUCCUGAGGAAGCUGGAGGACUCAACGCCCAGCAGGCCUAUCCAGCUGCCAGGGGGCGUCACACUGGACCCCGCUCACGACGAUUAUGACAGCGAAUUCUACAAGGCUCGGGCUCUACGCAAUGCUGAAGAAGCUUUUCAGGCCCAUCAGGCCAGGACGCGGCUCUUUGAUGACGAGGCGAGCGAGAGCCGGCUGGCGGCACUGCGUGCGGCCGACGCGUCGGGCACCGGCUUCGGGGAGAGUUACAGCCUCGCGAACCCCUCAAUCUUGGCCGGCGAGGACAUUCCCCAGCCCUCCUUCUUCUGCGGCAAGCUCAAGGCCUACCAGCUCAAGGGCAUGAACUGGCUGGCCAACCUCUAUGAGCAGGGCAUCAACGGUAUCCUGGCGGACGAGAUGGGCCUGGGGAAAACAGUGCAGAGCAUCGCGCUGCUCGCACAUCUGGCAGAGAGAGAAAAUAUCUGGGGCCCUUUCUUGGUCAUUUCCCCUGCCUCUACACUCAACAACUGGCACCAGGAAUUUACGCGCUUUACACCCAAGUUCAAGGUGCUGCCUUACUGGGGAAAUCCUCACGACAGGAAGGUGAUCCGCAAGUUCUGGAGCCAGAAAACCCUGUUCACGCAGGACGCGCCGUUCCACGUGGUGAUUACCAGCUACCAGCUGGUGGUGCAGGACGUCAAGUACUUCCAACGUGUUAAGUGGCAGUACAUGGUACUGGACGAGGCACAGGCCCUCAAGAGCAGCACAAGUGUGCGGUGGAAGAUCUUGCUGCAGUUCCAGUGCCGGAACCGGCUGCUGUUGACUGGCACGCCAAUCCAGAACACCAUGGCGGAGCUCUGGGCCCUGCUGCACUUCAUCAUGCCCACACUGUUUGACUCUCACGAGGAGUUCAACGAGUGGUUUUCCAAGGACAUCGAGAGCCACGCCGAGAACAAGUCUGUAAUCGACGAGAACCAAUUGUCACGGCUGCACAUGAUCCUCAAGCCAUUCAUGCUGCGGCGCAUCAAGAAGGACGUGGAGAAUGAGCUCUCCGAUAAGAUCGAGGUGCUGGUCUACUGCCAUUUGAAUUCGAGGCAACGGCUCUUAUACCAGGGCCUCAAAAACAAGAUCUCCAUUGAGGAUCUGCUGCAGUCGUCCAUGGGCACCCAGCUCGCCCACACCACCACAAGCAGCCUCAUGAACCUAGUCAUGCAGUUCCGCAAGGUGUGCAACCACCCGGACCUUUUUGAGCGCCAGGAGACUCGCUCACCCUUUUUCUUUCCGACGGAGGUGUACCCUGUGCCCAAGCUAGUGUACCGCGAGUGCCUCCCUGCCUCCUGCAAUCCCUACAAGCGAAAACUGCUGCUCUCCACCCUGUCUCCGUUCGCUGCUGAGCACAUCCACUCCUCGCUCUUCCAUGCCAAGGGCGGCGGCAGCAACAGUUCCUUCUCCUUCUUGCGCUUUGUGGACACCUCUCCGGCCGAGCUGUCUAACCUCAUGCUGCAGGGGCUGCUGGUCAGGUGGUUGGCCGUGUUCCUUGCCAUGAAGGCCUCGUACCGGCUGCAGUACGAGCAGGCGUGGCCAGACCAGGUGGCUUGCGCGCCGUACCUGCAUUCGCGCGCGCUGCUGCUCUCUCCCCAGAGAGUUACCUCGAUGCCCAGUGUAGAAAGCAGCCCCGUGUUACAGGAGCUGGUGUUCACCGCUCACACGAGCCACGUGCUGAGCCACGUGCGCCAGGCCGUGCGCUCACGCCGGGCGGCCUCCACCGUGCUGCGCGAAUGCCAGCGCUCGGACGUGCCCUCCUUCCUGCUCGGCUACCUCCCCAAGGUGGUGUCUGGGUUCCGGCAGUGGCACUGCGUGGACCGGAGCGCGGAGUUCGAGCGUCUGGAGGCUGGAGGGGCGGUGGAACAGCAGGCACUGCUCUUCGGGAGUCCCGUCCGGGCGGUUCAGGCGCGGAGGCCUCACGACUCCUUCUUUCCGUCGCCGCUGGCCGGCCUGCACGCCAUCGCGCCACUCCAUGGCUGGUCCUUUAUCCGCAUUCCCGACAAAGAGACGCUGAUCACGGACAGCGGCAAGCUCUACGCGCUGGAUUGCCUGCUAUGCCGUCUCAAGAUGCAGGGCCACCGCGUCCUCAUUUACUCCCAGAUGACUCGCAUGAUCGACCUGCUGGAGGAGUACAUGGUGUACCGUAACCACACGUACAUCCGCCUUGACGGCUCCUCAAAGAUCUCCGAGCGCAGGGAUAUGGUGGCCGACUUCCAGACCAGAUCGGACAUCUUCGUGUUUCUGCUGAGCACGCGAGCGGGUGGCCUGGGCAUCAAUCUGACGGCCGCAGACACGGUGAUCUUCUACGACAGUGACUGGAACCCCACUGUGGACCAGCAGGCGAUGGACCGAGCUCACCGCCUGGGCCAGACCAAGCAGGUGACGGUGUACCGCCUCAUCUGCAAGGGCACCAUCGAGGAGCGCAUCCUGCAGCGCGCUAAGGAGAAGAGCGAGAUCCAGAAGAUGGUGAUCUCGGGCAGCAACUUCAAGCCAGAUGCGUUAAAGCCCAAGGAGGUGGUCUCCCUGCUCCUGGACGACGAAGAGCUUGAGAAAAAGCUGCGGAUGCGUCAAGAAGAAAAGAAGCAGCAGGAGGAGGUGAGCCGCGCCAAGGAACGCAAGCGCAAGCGAGACAAGUACGCCGAGAAGCAGCAGGUCGGGGAAGGGUAUGGCAAGCGGAUGCGGCUGGAGAUUGGGGUGGCGCCCCCCUCGCUCCCAUCCGCCGACAACUCGAACACGUCAGCCGAGUGGGACGAGUGCUACGUGAGCGUCGACUCGGCGCAGCCCAGCCCCUACAGCGAGAUGUCCCUGGGCAGCGAGCUGCAGCCAGGCUCCAUCCCUCCGGACGAGAGCAGCAACGACAUGCUGGUGAUCGUGGAUGAUGGCGCGCCGGCCAGCCACUGCAGCACGCCCACACGGAGCGUGGCGGCGGACCAGCCUCUUGAGAAUGCGGGGAGAGGCCUCCCCAAGGGCCGAGGGCUGGCGCGGAGCCGCGGAGGCCGCUCUCGGCAGAGCGAGGCGCCGACCACCACCACCAUCGCUGCCAUCGGCGCCGCCUUCGCCGCCGCCACGGCAGGGCCCACCCGGGGCCGAGGCCGCAAAUCGACGACGGGCAGCGCGGCGGCCAUGGCAGGGGCCAUGGCAGGGGCGGCGGCCGCCUCUGCGGCAGCUUACGCGGCAUACGGCUACAGCGUGAGCAAGGAUACCAACGGAAGCCCCCGGCAGGCCCCUCUGGUUCCCCCACCCACCUCCGCGACCGGAUUUGGUGGCUCCACAUCUUCCCAAGGCACGACCGGCUUCAGCAACCCCUCCUCGCUGGCUGCUCUCGGGCGAGCCGCUGGCAAGCUACCUCCCACGAUCCGCAAGUCUCUGCAACAGCAGCAGCAGCAGUUUUUGUCUCACGGAGGCCGCAGGCACGGAAAAAAUCCUGCCAACACCUCUGCCAACCCGUAGAGAAAAUACAAAACGUUUCGGUGCCAGACGAAGACCGUUCCAAUAAAACGAGAACGCAGGUGGCGACAAUGGGGGUCUGGGCAGCAGCAGUGCCAUUGUUUGGUUUGUGAUGAGUGUUGGCUGCAGCUGGCCCAGCUUUGGGGGGGCGGGGGCUGGAGCGGGAGGCGGGGGCUGGAGGCGGGAGGCGGGGGCUGGAGCGGGAGAGGUAACGCGCCGCCUUCUACUCAUCCCGUUGUUCGGCAAGUGACCGACAAACUUUACUCCUGCCCUCUGCGACGGCUGCAAGAGGGGGCCCCGUGCGUAACGACGCAGAGGGGCUGACCACCUCUCACACCCCGACGACGGGAAGGUGGCACGUGAGCACCGAAGCCCCCACCCUGGUGCAACGGGGAACCCCUCCGCUGCUUCCCCCACCACUUGCAAAAGCUCGGCUGUUCGAUCUCGGGUGGCAAACCGCACGGCCCACACAUCCUGCAAGUUUGGCCGUUGGGCAAUGUGACAGUCCCCACGUGUUCCCACUAAGAAACUGACAAUACACAAACUGACCAACACGUACGUUCCUUUUUAAAUACAACCCGUUGGUUUGUUGAUUAUGGCUGCUCCGUUUCGUUAACACACAGUAGUGUGCAUGUGUUUUGGCGUGCGUGCACUCGCACUUGGUGAUGUCGGGGAAGAGGGGCGCGCUGUACACGCCCCGGCUCGGCUCUGCGCUGGGUCUGCCGCUGGGAAGGUCCGUGUGCGUUACACGGAGUUACACGCGGAUCAUGCUUGGACGUCAAAGCAAAAAGGCUUUAUUAAAAUAACGUUCUCGCAGACACAGGGUUGAGGAAAGGCCCACAUUUUGAAGGGCUUUAUUUUUUUAGCUGUAAUUACAUAUAAUAUAAAUACAAUUUGUAACAAUGGGACAAUUGUAUAAAAAGCUUUGCCAGUGAGCCACUGAUGCUUAUAAAGUAUGAAAUAAAUCUCUAAUAUUAUUA